AUGAUAAAGAAGCUCCUGCUUUCGGGCCAUCAUCAAGGAAGCACAAUAUUGUGUGGUUCAUCAACAAGACUAUCAUCAACAACACCAUCAUUAAUUUUAUUCAAUCAAUGUUGCACCAUCAACAAGUCGAGGCAAUUUCACUACGGAAGAAUAGUCUUUACUCAGUCAUCUUCAGAGGAUGAUCAAUCUUCAGCCCAUCCUUUCCGUUUCUUACAAAGAGGAUUGAAAUUAGCUUCUCCUAAACUGAUAAUCUUGAUGGGCCCUCCUGGAGCCGGCAAAGGAACACAGUCUCGUCUCAUUACUGCUGAGUGUCCUUCUUAUCAUAUCAUCUCUGCGGGUGAUACACUCAGAGAGGAGAGCCAGACCAAUCCUCAACUUAAAGAAUUGCUCGCAAGUGGAAAAUUGGCCCCUGAGGAAGAAACAGCCAAAUAUCUCUUGAAGAAAAUGAAUAGUAUUUACAAGGAAUAUUAUGAAAAAUAUGUAACAUCAGUGACAACACCAUCUACUUCUGGUCACGUUGAUAAGGAAGCAGCAGCAACAAUACCAUCAACAACAACAGAUUCUGCAUCUUCAACAGAUCAACAAAAUUUACCAACCAAGGACGGAUCAACAGAAUUGCCUUCAGCAACAACUGUUGAACAACACGUUCCCUCUCCUAAUUUCAUUCUUGAGGGCUAUCCUCGUAAUAUCGUUCAAACCAAACAGUUUUUGACCUGGUUCACAGGUGGAGACAUUCAUUUCUCUAAACAUCAUACCAUCAUUCUUCAUUUAUUGGUUGAUAAGGAAUGUAUUAAGGAAAGAUUGAGAGGAAGACUUAUUCAUGACAAAAGUGGACGUACUUAUCAUGUUGAAUUUAGAAAACCAAAGGUGGACUCACUAGAUGACGCAACAGGAGAACCUCUUUCAAAGAGAGACGACGACUUGAACGACGAAGCCAUUGCAAACCGAAUGGAAACCUACAAAUCUCAAACAUUACCCACUUUGGAAUUGUUGAUUGACAAUGAAUUUGAAGUUGUCGACGUUACUGCUAUUGAGCAAGAUAUUGAGAAGGUGAGAUCUAAAUUAUUUCGCAACUUGAUCGAAAGAGGUUAUUUACCAAAACCAAAAACCAGCUCCAGUAGUACUAGUGCUGGAGGAACCACUCCUGCCUCUCCACAACACAAUACAACAACAACAUCCUCAAGCGGAACAACAACCAGUGGUCAAAGUACAUAA